AUGAAUGUGGUGAAUCCCACUCUCUGGCUAUUAGCCGUUCUUACUGUGGUGCAAACCACCAACUUCCGAGCUGACGGUACUCUUUCCUGUUCCUUAUCUCAAAAAUGGUGUUAUCUAGUGGAGCUAUCCGAAAAGGACACCUUGCCCAUGUUCGACGACCGAAUCGGUGAUACAGGCUUCCAAUGCGUAGACACCGCUAGUGUGGGAUACAGUAUCAUAGGUAGCCAGCAAGGUGAUGGACUUGAAAAUUACUUCUAUGAAAUCACAAUGAGUGUUGCUCACAACUGCACCCAGGAGCCUGGAACUAUAAAGAAAAUCAACCGCAACACCGCAUAUGCAUCGGUAUUCGAAACUGAGAUCUUCGUCCAGUGGAACGUUGACCUUACCGACCAAGGUAGCUCUGUCAUCGACUACUCCCUCUAA